ACUGUUGUAAGAUACAACGAAAGGGCGCGUGUACCUUUCAGACGGCAUGCUACGCUCGCGAGCUUGCUCAUAGACGGAUGGUUUAGGGAUUGGCGUUUGGCUGCAUGUUGGCACCCUAAGAAGCAUAUGUACAGAUACAAAUACUGGCAAACCAUGUACAACACAUCUCAGUUCACGUGCAGAUCAGAUCUGUUUGAUAGCGGACGAUGUUCUUUCUGCAUACCUCGCAUAUAUCUACCAAGGCAGGAAGUCUCACGAGUGCAGUUGCCUUCUCAUUCAACAAGAGGCUCUGGAUCUGUUUUCGAUCGUUGGCUUUGGAGUUCCUUCCUGCUCACUGCUGCCGUUUCGUUUUCAUCUUAUCAUUUUUUGGUCCCUCUCCUGCUCUCCCACCGAAUUUAUCUCAGCCUCAUUCCCCGUCUCUUCAAAACCGAUAAUACAAAGUGUCUUCUCAACCAUCUUUCGUUCUACACUCCAAUACUUCCCAAUCCCGUCCUCUGUUCAGCAGCCACCAUGUUCCGCCGUCGCUGGUCUGGUCUCCCCAAAGACCCUAUCUUCUCAUCUAGCUUGGAAGACCUUGGCUAUUUCAUCAACGACCAAGAUGAGAUCCGCAACAUCAAGGAACCCAAUUACUACUUCAAGUACUAUCUCACCAAGAACGGCCGCGUAAAUGAUCGCCAGCGCUUUCAUUUCAAUGAUGCGAUCCGUGACAUUGUUCACGGCCGUCUCGAAAAGGAAGGCUUGAAGAAGGUCCUUCUACCUCUCAGCGUCGAGCCAACGUCGCCCAACGUGCCCAUCUUUACGAGUGCCAACCUGGCCUCUGCCUCGCGCGUCGUAGUGAUCUUUGGCGAGCCCAGCCAGGAUCUCGGCAACUUGGCCCUCCGAGUCGUCAACGGUCCCGGCGGUAUCAACAAGGGCAGCAUGGUCUCGGUCGUUCAGGAAAUCAACCGCCAGAGAGCUUCGCCUUCCGAUGAUGGUUCUCCCGGAAUCAUAAUCGCCAACACGGGCGAGCUCUGGUGGUGGCCGGAAGGCAAAAAAGCCCUGAGCCCGACUUCGGCUAUGGCCGUUCCCAGGAAGAGCAUGGUUCACCACGGCCGCGCCAAUAACCCAAAGUAUCACUCAAUCCCGAAUAACGAGACCCCCGAAACCCACAUUGCGUACGUUCUCAACGAGGUCAUUCCAUCGCUUCUACCGCCAAACGCUCGCCUGGACAUCAUCGGCAUAGGCCUUGGCGCCGACCACGCGACCAGAGUGUUAGACACACCCGAGACGUGGUCUACCCUCGGUCACCGCAUCAACACCUUGUCCUUGCUAGGUAGCACAACCAGCGUCGAUGAACUCUCUUACCAACCCCUCAAAGAGUUCCUCCCUCGCCGCGCUCGAGCGUACAUCACAGAUGAAGCGCCUGCACUUACACCCUUGGCGCAGCCCGGCGGCAAUCCGAACACGGCCUCAUUCACACAGCACGGCUGCACGGUCUACAGCUCCGGCGAAGUCUACCUCGUCGAGUGCAUGCUCGUCACCAGCCACGUCCCCAUACUCGACUGGGUCCAAGAGGUCGCUCUCGCCGGCCCCGACUACCGCCACCCGGAGGUUGUCGCCGUCGACCCCUAUGUGCCGACUGAGGAGGAGUGGGCCGCAGGUGGAUUCGAUGAGCGGUGGAAAAGUAUGCCCGAAUUUGCAAAGCCGAGUAUCGGAUAUGCCAUGGCGCCUGAGGACCAUGAGCAUUGCCAGGUCCUGGAAGGUAUUCAGAAGCUUGCGGUUGAAGAGGACGAGAAGCAGAGUGAUGCCUGGGAGGAAUCCCGAGGGAUGAUGAUGGGUCGUCACAUAGACAGAUAGGAGAUGGUAGCAUAUGGGACGUUAUGCCCGGCUGGGCACGAUGAUUACGUUUGGGCCUCAAACAUUUAAUUGGAGAACGGGCGUGAGGCAGUUAGUCGUGAUCAUAAAAGCUAGCAACUCACAUUUACUCUGCCAUUCACGC